AUGGAUCUCAUUCAAAAAAAGCAAAAGAUAGAAGAUUCAGAUGGUGAGGAGAUAAUCUAGGAAGGAGAAGUUGAUGAGAACUUUGAAUAGAGAGUUUAGAAGCUGUUAUACGAAACUGACAAUGGAUUAAACUUAUAUAAUAAACCUGUGAUGCCAUUGAUUUAUUAUGAAUUCAAUGAAGAUAUCAAAUAAUAAGCAGAAUAAGUCAUAAAUUAAGAUACAACGAUAUUACCUUAAGAUAAAUAUGAGAAAUACGAAAAAGAAGCUUCAAAAAUAUGGGACAAAUUUUACAGGCAUCACUAAAAUAACUUUUUUAAAGACAGACACUAUUUGGAAAGAGAAAUACCUGAAUUAAAUCAUUUUAAAGAAAGCCAUCAAAAAGAUGAAACUAAAUUAUAUGUCAUUUGCGAAAUGGGAUGUGGAGUUGGAAAUGCUUUAUUUCCUUUAAGGAAAAACUACACAUUCUUCAAAAAAGUUUAUGGUUUCGAUUUCAGCAAAAGAGCUAUCGAUGUUUUGAAAGCUAAUGAAUUAUAUGAUGAAACUGUAUUCUAAGCUUGUGUUUGUGAUUUAGUUUUGGAUCCAUUGCCAGAUUUUGAAAGACCUGAUUUAGGCACUUUAAUAUUUGUUUUGUCUGCAAUAUCUCCAGAGAAUCAUUUAAUGGUAGUUCGCAAGAUUUUUGAAUGGAUGAAACCAGGGAGUGUUCUUUACUUUAGAGAUUAUGGUUAAUAUGAUUUUGGAUAAAUAAAUUUGUCUAAGAAAAAGAAUAGAAAGCUGAAAAAUAAUUUCUAUGUCAAGCAUGAUGGAGUGAGGGUUUAUUAUUUUAGUAAUGAAGAAGUGACAUCAUUAUUUACUACAGCUGGAUUUAAGCAAUUAGAUGUGAAGGCUCAUUAUAGAUAUAUAGAAAAUAGAAAGACAAAAGUCAAGAUGUACAGAGUUUGGGUUCAGGGUAGAUAUUUAAAAGAAUGA